GAAUAUAAUACAGAACAAAAGUAGCCAGGACUUCAGAGCUUGCAAAAGCCUCAGCAUUCUAUUGUGAAUCAUCCCCUAGCCUCAGCUGAAAUCCCUUUAGAACCUUCCUCAUUGCAAAUCAGCUAUGUCUGUCCCUGAGCAGGAUCUGCAAGCAAUCCCUUUGGAUAAAUAAGGAAAAAAAUCAACCAAUAUUUUUUUUUUAAAUUUUCCUUUUACUUCCCUGGAGGCUGCUGCUUACACCUAGGAUUCCCUAGGAGGGAAAGUGCUGUAUCUGUGGAAAGAAUUACUGUCAUUUCUCCCCCUCCAGAGUGGAUGCGUUAUUCAGCAAGUGCACAGCCCCUGCACGGAUCCAUCACACAGGCAGCUAAGAAGGCUCAGUACUUAUUGCCCUUCCCAUCUGUCUGAAAGGUAUGUCACCAUGCAGACUGCCAGCAAAUGAACCAGAUGAAUCCUCUUAACUUGUGCGAGACAUGUGACAUCAAGUUCCACAGCACAAUGCACUUUGACAGACAUAUACGCUUUGACUUGCCCCCUCAAGGUUCCAUCCUGGCACGUAACGUCUCCACUAGAUCAUGCCCUCCGCGUACCAGCCAAGCAUCCGACGUAGAAGAGGAAGAUGAGGAGUUAAUGGAUGAAAAAGGAGACAAAAAGUCAGCAGGGUUGAAGUUAAACAAGAAGAAAACCAGGAGAAGGCAUACAGAUGACCCAAGUAAAGAAUGCUUCACUUUAAAAUUUGAUUUGAAUGUUGAUAUAGAAACUGAAAUUGUCCCAGCAAUGAAGAAAAAGUCACUAGGAGAGGUCUUGUUACCAGCCUUUGAGAGGAAGGGAGUAGAACUGAACAAAGUGGAUAUAUUUCUGGAUCAAUCAAACACACCAUUAUCACUCAACUUUGAAGCAUACAGAUUUGGAGGACAUUAUCUGAAAGUUAAAGCCAAACCAGGGGAUGAACUGAAAGUGGAACAAGCUGUGAAGGAUUUCAGAUCUUUAAGCUUACCCAUAAUGAGGAAUACAGGAGGGACCCCAACCAAUACAUUCAACCCUGCCACUGAGAAACCGGAUCAACCUCCAGUCAAGAAAGACAAUGUUGAUAUAUUGGCUCCUGGAAGAAGGAGGAAGAAUAUGACUGAAUUCCUUGGGGACACCAAUAUCCCAAUGCCAGAUACUCAGCAGAUUUUCAGUUCUCUUCCCAAUAACGGCUCUGAUACCUGGAAAAACCGAGCUGCCAGUCGAUUUAGUGGAUUCUUUGGAACAGGAACUACUGGGCCAUUCGGAAAGGAGCUAGAUAAAAUGGAGCAACUAGAGAGCAAACUCCACUCGUAUAGUAUGUUCGGACUCCCCAAACUGCCCCAACAGCUUUGCUUUGACCAUGAUUCAUGGGAAGAAGAUGAAGAUGAUACUAAUUUGACUCUUGAAGAUAGCUGGCAGGAGAUCAUCAGUGUUCCAGAGACGUUAACAAGACGGCAGUGCCACCAGCAGGAAGCCAUCUGGGAGCUGCUCUACACCGAGGCCACAUACAUUAAGAAGCUCAAAGUCAUAACUGAUCUUUUCCUAUGCUGCCUGUUGAACCUGCAGGAUUCAGGGUUGUUAUGUGAGGUGGAGCCCGAGAAGUUGUUCAGCAAUGUUCAGGAGAUCAUUCAACUCCACCGAUCCCUGUGGAGUAAUGUUAUGGUACCAGUCCUGGAGAAGGCCAGAAAGAUGAAAGGCUUGUUAAACCCAGUGGAUUUUGAGAAAGGAUUUAGGACGUUUGAGUCUCUUUUCAAGCCAUAUAUCAGAUACUGUAUGGAAGAGGAAGGAUGUAUGGAAUAUAUGAGAAACCUCCAUCGGGACAAUGAACUUUUUCGAGCUUAUGUAACGUGGUCUGAGAAACACAAACAGUGCAAUCGCCUGAAACUGAGUGACAUGUUAGUGAAGCCACAUCAGCGUCUCACAAAGUAUCCUCUAUUGCUCAAAUCAAUCCUGAAGAAGACAGAUGACCCUCAAGUCAGAGAGUCCAUUGUUCUCAUGAUAAACUCAGUGGAGCGUUUCAUCAAUCAUGUAAAUUCCCGAAUGCGCCAAAGACAGGAACAACAGAGACUGGCGGCCAUUAUCAGCCGCAUCGAUUCUUACGAAGCCGUGGAGAGCAGCACUGAUGAAGUGGAUAAGAUUCUGAAGGAAUUCUGCCGGUUCGAUUUAACAGCACCCAUGAUGGGAACAUCAUCUGAUGAUACUCGACAACUUCUUUUAGAAGGAAGUCUCAAGAUGAAGGAAGGCAAAGACAGCAAGAUGGAUGUCUAUUGCUUCCUUUUCACCGACCUCUUCCUUAUCACAAAGCCAGUGAAGAAAGCUGAAAGAACCAAAGUAAUUAGACAACCUUUAAUGGUGGAUAAAGUCAUAUGCAGGGAACUAAAAGACCCAGGAUCCUUCUUGCUGAUCUACCUGAAUGAAUUCCGAAGUGCAGUUGCUGCCUAUACCUUUCAAGCAAGUGGCCAAUCAUUGUGUAGAGGGUGGAUUGAAGCUCUUUACAAUGCACAGAACCUUUUGCAAAAAUUGCGUCAGGAACAUCAACAAAACCAGCAACAGAUGACUCAUCUUCAAGAAGAGGAGGAAGAUAUGGAAAGUGGGACAUCUGCAGCGAGUUCCCCCACCAUUAUACGUAGGAGCAGUAAUGACAUGGUACAAAGUCAGUCAGACAGCUCAACAGAAACAAUCUCAGUUGUGGUCAUCGAUGCCAGUGAAGAUCUUUCUUCUCCUGAGAAUGAAAAAGGACCCUUUGUUUCUCAAUCAGAUGAAACAUCAAGCAGUACUACAGCUUCAUCCAUAACACCAACAAGAGACAUGUUUGAAAGUAUGGAGCCUCCUGAACCAAAUCCAGCUGUUGAUUCAAACUACCUAAAACUGGAACCAAAUGGGUGUAGGUCUUCCUCCAUAGACAGUGCAUAUGGCACACUCUCACCAACGUCGCUUGAAGAGUUUGUGGAACGUCAACAACAUGAACUAGCCGAAGAGGAGAGGGAAUCUACUAGUUCCCAUCGUUCGACUUCCCCAAAGCUUCGGAGGCGAACUCCUGUCCAACUCCUUCCAUGUAAGACUAAAGUUUUAAAGUCCAAGUCAGAAGCCAAUAUCCUUCAUCUAAUAUCAUCUAGUCCUUCACAUCACUCUGAUGAAGAAACUCCUCUUACUCAAAGUAAAAGCCUGAGUGAACUUUUUAUGUCUGGAAGACCAGAUAGUUUUUUAAAUUCUGAUGGCUAUAACGAUGAUGGAAAACAAUAUACUCGCCAAAGGACUAGCAUGGUGGAACCGUCAUUAAACCAGGACAGGGAACUUGUAACUAAACACAGAUCUCAGUCUGAUUGCAGAAAAGUUGUCAAUUUGAGUAGCUGUAGUAGCAGCUCAUCUGAACUUUCAGAAUCUGAAGACAGUGGAUUUUCAAAAGCUGCUGGUUUAGAGAGGGAGGAGGGAAAAAUACAUAAUCCUUUGUUGGAGGAUGACCCACUUCAGCCAUUAGAAGAAUUUGACGUUGGUCCUAGAACACAUCUGUACAGUCAUUCUUUCUCUGAACAGUUUGGUGAUGAGGAAAAUGAGAGAGACUUGGACAGUAAUAAUACACCUGGCACAGCCAGACGGACAAUGUCAGACUCACAGUCAGUCCAACACAGGAAACUUACUUUGGCCCAACUGUACAAAAUUAGAACCACUUUGCUGCUUAAUUCAACGCUAACCGCAUCAGAAGUGUAAAUAUAUGGAAAGAAGUGAGCAGUCAACAGUUAUUCAAGGAAAUGUAAUUCACUUGAGAUAAACGAGAAUGAUUUUCUUGGACAUUUACCGUUUUUUGGCACAGCAGAUGGUGAAGUUUGCUGCCCCAUACAGAUGUUCAAGAACACUGCACCGAAGAAGACGGGAUACAUGUUUGCAUCUUGUGUUGGCUCAUGCAAAAAUAUUUGAGUGACAACGGGUAGAACUGGUUUCUAUCUUCGUAACAAGUGACUUUUUCAAGGGUAUGCAUUUUCUAGGAACCUGCACAGGACAGAUUUCUCCUUUUUUUUUGCACUUUGAGAAAAGCAUUGACUAGCCAAAACUCACUAAACGGAGGUCGGAGUUUUGGCAAACUAUAACUGCCACAUAUUCUCUUCCUAACUAGAAAAAUGAGAAGACUGAAAGAAAUUGGACUUAUACCUCAUCGAAAGAUUCUAGAUAUUAUGAAGAACAAACAACGACAAACCCAUUUUUUUUUUUCUAUUAAUUUUAAACACCGUUACUCUUCUAUUUGAAUAUGAAAUAGCAGUUGGUAAUUGAAUAUGUAAAACUGUAAUUAGAGCAAUGUUUACUAAGAAACAUGGUUGGAGAGAAAAAGAAAUGGUUAUUUCCACUCUUCUAAACGUGUAUGAAAAUUGAUACCACAUGGUGCUGGCCUUUUUUCUUGAAAUGCUUUAGUACGUAGUUUAAAUAAAAGAGGUCUAAUGGCAGAGAAUGCUGUGUCACUGGCACAAACGUCGUAUCAAACGUUAAAGAACACCAGUGUAUUGCUUUGUUACCGAUAUGUUGCAAAAAUUGGCUAAGUACGUGGUUCAUGUUAGGGAAUGAAUUCUGUACAGUAGACUUUGUUGGAUCCUAGAUGCUAAAUAUAAGAUACAGACAUGAUAGUUUGUCAUAUUUAUACGGCGCCAUUAUAUCCCAUUGAUCUCUACGAUGUGCUAGAACAGUAUUAUGAGAUACGGUGAAUGCCAAUGCUUAAAUUAUUAUUUUUUAUUGAAAAUGCUUUGUAAAGUAAUUUUAAUAUUGUAAUAUAAUGUAACACGUCGAGGGGCACUUUAUUUUAGGGUAAUAUUGAUUAACAAAAUAAAAAUGUGCUCUGAGCAACAAUUAUCGAUAUGUACAUUAAAAAAAAGCUUUCAACAUAACAUUUAUCUGGCUUAUACAGUUAAUGCAAUUGCACUUAACCAUUCAAAAAUCAUUUGAAUUUAAGAAUUGAAUUUU